UUUAACGAAAGAGCUUUUUUGUCUUUCUGAAGCAUUAUCGAGAAGUUUCCGGGAAAGAGCAGAGCUCUUCUGGCCAGAGAUUCCGCCAUGAGUCGUUUUCUUCGUACACCUUGAACUCCGACGUGUUAGUAGUGUGAAGCCUUUUGCUGCUCCUCCUCUUUUGACCGAUCAUCACUACCACAUUCUUCCGAUCUUCUUCCGAUCGAAAUGCAAAGUGCGAAUUGGAGUGAAGUGGAUCAGCAUCGAGAUUUGUAUUUCGUCGUUCUCAUUUUCCUCAAUCGAUUGCUUCUCGAAUCGCUGGCAAUACGUCCCAAGAUCAACAGCAGUCGGCCAUCUGGGAUUUCGUCGACUUGUAACUUUCAGAAAUCAACUAAUACGAUUGAUGUUGUAGUUCAUUUGGAUCCUGAGAACAAAGAGCUUUGGUCUGCUUUCAGGAAAAAUCCCAUUUUCAUCUCAAUAUACGAGCAGGAGCAGGUCACAACCGCAACUCUUAAUCCUAUUCUGGGUAAAGUGUAUUGUGAUCAUCGGGAUCAAUCAGUUUACCUUAAUGAAGUUGUUGAAAGUUCAGGUGGACUAACACAGGGGUGUGGAACCAUUUGAUGGUCUUAUCCUACAUCGAAUCUCUUGGGUGGGCAUAGUGAGAUAGGAGAAGGCUAAGAUGUGUUUCAGAUGAAAGCAAUGUAUUACAUAAUGUGGGUGAUUCAAGAGCAAGCAAAGUUGGAUGUUGUGGAUCUUGCUUGAAAUUCGUCCUUCUAUUAGUUGACAUUGUUCUUUUGAUUUGAGUUGCUAUUUUUUCAAUUUCUUUAUGAUAAUUUGUGCUAGGAACAAUGUGCAUUGUGAAUGAAGUUAGCCAUCUAUGGCAAGAGUAAUGAGUGAUUUAGACUUUUAAAGUUACAGA